ACAGGCCUAAUUUGAUAUCAAAUGAGUUUUAAAACUCAAAAUCAAGCAGUUUGCUUCGGUUAUCUGUCUUGAUCCGGAAGUCAGGGAUCUCCUCAUCAGACCGUAACAUUAGCAAGACGAAGAAUCACCACCACCACCACCAUCAACCAUAACCAAAACAACAACAACAACGAAAACCCUAAUUCAAUAUCAGCUUCUUCUUCUGCAGAAUGGUGGGGGCGCCAAGCACUUGGUCUCGCGCUCUUAUGCAAAUCUCACCUUACACCUUCUCCGCCCUCGGCAUAGCCAUCGCCAUCGGCGUCUCCGUUCUUGGCGCUGCUUGGGGGAUUUUCAUUACGGGUAGCAGUUUGAUCGGUGCGGCUGUCAAAGCUCCACGCAUCACUUCCAAGAAUCUCAUUAGUGUAAUCUUCUGUGAAGCUGUUGCUAUAUAUGGUGUUAUUGUGGCAAUUAUUCUACAAACAAAGCUGGAGAAUGUCCCGCCAUCACAAUUAUAUGCUCCAGAAUCUCUUAGAGCGGGUUAUGCUAUCUUUGCCUCAGGGAUUAUUGUGGGAUUUGCGAACCUUGUCUGCGGGCUAUGCGUAGGCAUCAUAGGAAGCAGUUGUGCAUUAUCUGAUGCCCAGAACUCGUCGCUUUUUGUGAAAAUUCUUGUGAUUGAAAUCUUCGGCAGUGCACUCGGGUUAUUUGGAGUGAUAGUCGGAAUAAUCAUGUCGGCUCAAGCCACGUGGCCUUCUAAAUGAGCUCAAGUUUGAUGGCACUAGAACCAGCAUAAAAUACCUGAGUCUGUAUCUUUCUCAGUUUAGUUGGAGGGAUGAGGUUCCGUUUGUUGCUUGUUCCCAAAUUUAAACUGCUUUAGUUCUGAUGGAGUGUGAAAAAUAGAAGUAAGCUUCAGUAGCAUUGUUGUGGAAUAAGAUAGGUGAUGAUUUUUUUUCCCCUUGUAUUUAUGUAAUCUUUUGUCAAGUCGCACCGAAGAUGAAAUAUAGAGUACCUAUAUCCUGUAA